GUUUGUUUACGUUUUUUUUUGUGCAAUGGUGAAAGGCUUGCAUUUUGUGUCUUGCAAAGAUAAAACGACUUGAAAAACAAGACAAUCAUCUAAUUCCCUUGAAAAAUCAGUGAAAAGCUUCAAUAAAUAUUCCUUCUUCUGAUUUAGUGCAAAGUAUUACCAAUUUUCUCUAUUAAAAGGGUUAUUGGACAUGUGAAAAUGGAAAGUGUUGAACUUCUAUGUGACUCUAGGAUUUGUCGAUUAUGUGGUGAAAAUAACCAAAUGGGAUACCAUUUAUUUGAACCAGAGGAUGAAGAGACACCUUCACGACUCAGUAACCUCAUAAACCAGUAUCUCCCGGUUAAAGUGAAAAACGAUCGGAAGUUUCCCCGGUGGAUUUGUCCAGGAUGCAAUAUUCAAGUGGAAUCAACGGUUGAUUUCUUUGAUCUUAUCAUCAGAGGACAGGAAAGACUUAGGCAGUUGCUCAAAGAGACUCAAAGCGAUAACUUGGAUGAGGCUUCAAAAUAUGAUUACGGGGAUUUCUGCGAGGAUAGUGUAUUAUUUCCCCAAUCCCAUGAACUGUCCCUGAAAAUGAGGGGCUGUGAGAAGCCAAAGAGAAAACGCGGUAGACCGCCAAAACUUCCACCAGAAGAGCUAGAAGCUCAACGAUUGAAGGCAGAGGAAGAAUUCCUAGCCAAGCAGAGAAAAGAAGCUCAGGAGCUAAGAGAAAUAGAAGAAUCUCUCGAAGAGGGACGCCGGAAGCGUAGAGUUAGGAUUCCAGCUCGCUUCCAGAGCGUGGUACAGGGAAAGGAACUCGAGAAGGCUUACGUGGCUGAAGGAGUUAUUGAUAAAACAGACAUCUCUGACACCGAAGACAAUGCUCCGAUAAUUGAAAAUGCCACAGAUGGUGAGGAAGGUAGGGGAAGUCAGAUUAUUGGACACCUAAAAUCAUCGGAUGGUGUUGUUCUGAGUGAUUUGGUAGUGACGCAAAAGACACAGUUUCAUCGGAAAGGACGCGUGGCGAGACUCAAGACUCGAUUUAUGUGCGAUGUUUGCAGUAAGAGUUUCUCUCAAGAAUUGAGAUUUCUCACACACAGGGCUACUCAUCAGAAUGUAAGAUAUGAAUGUACCGAGUGCCUUGAAAACUUCAUGAAGAAGGAUUUGCUGAAGGAGCAUCAAGUCCUUACAGGGCACCGUGGACAGGGUAUCGUGGAAAGUGUUGAAGUCAAGGAAUCUAGUGCUGUUGCUGAGGCUGCCAAGGCCCUUUAUGAUCUCCAGAAUGACUCAAUCAGGCCUCAAGAAAUCUCUCAAAUGGGCGAAAUUGAUGAAGACUUUAUGAAUAUGCCAGAAUUGCAGGCUCUCGAGGAGGUUCCUGACCUCUCGGCCUUUGAUCCAACUUUGGAGACUCAGGCUAGUUUUGCAGCAACUAAAAAAUUUGUUUGCAGCUUGUGCAAAAUGGCUUUUUCGUACAUGCAAGAACUUAGGAAUCACAUGAGUAGCCACAGGACACCUCCGGAAUAUUUCUGCGAUAUCUGCCAGAAGAGAUUCAAUGAUCCCUCCGUUGUGGUGUUCCACAAGGAGUCUGAGCACAGUAAUACACGGAGAUUUGCCUGCAACAAGUGCGACAAGGAAUUUAUGCUGAAGCAUCAACUGCAGAGGCAUCAGAAUGUUCACAUCGCAUUGAGGCUUUUUGAAUGCACUGUGUGCAAGAAGAGAUUCAAAACCAAGCCUCAUUUGCAGUACCAUGCUCUGUGCCAUUCACAAGAUAAAAGAUUCUCAUGUGACAUCUGUGGUCAGAGAUUUCACUACAAUGGCGCCCUCAAGCAUCACUACAAGUGGCACUCUGGAUAUCGUCCUUUCAAGUGUCCUAUUUGUGAAAAAUCCUUCCUGCAGCGGGGCAUUCUCAAGGAGCAUAUUCGCAUUCAUACUGGAGAGAGACCGUACAGUUGCAGUCACUGCGAUAUGUCCUUCAAAACGGGCUCACAGUGCAGGAUGCACACACAGAGGCACACGAGCGACUUCCCUUGGGGCUGUGAUAUAUGCGGCAAGAAUUUCUUGAAGUUAGAAUCUUACAAGAUUCACAUGAGGCGCCACAGGAAUGAGAAAAUCUUUGUGUGUGACGUCUGUCAGAAGGGAUUUGCCGAGCAGUAUGCUCUCAAGAAACACUUGAGGACUCACACGGGAGAAAGGCCAUUCAAGUGUGCUACUUGCGGAAAAUCCUUUGGGGAUCGUUCUAACAUGAUUAAGCAUAUGAGGCUGCACAGUGAAACUACGACCAAGGUUUCUGUUGAGGCCACGACUGAAACUUCAACUGAAAUCAAUCAACAAAAUACGGAAACUUCGGCAGAUGCCAAAAAUACUCAGGAAACUCCAGCAGAUGUUCCCAUUGUCUAUCAGAUCCUCAAUCAAAAUGGCCUUGGAGGGGAGAACAAUAUAAUUUUCGUGACGACCUAUCCUCCGAAAGAUCAGACAAUUCUACCUAAAGAUUCUUCUGCAGCUCCAUCCACUGAUAACAUCAUCAGGAUCCUCGAUGAGAAGCAUCCUGAGGAGAUGCUGACGAUGCAGACUCUCCCUGAAAAUCCCACCAAUGGGAUCUUUUCAACUUCCAGCAUUGCCCUUCAGCUUGAUUCCACGGAGGACUACAGAUUUCUUUUGACCGACAAAUAAAACAAUACUAAACUUUUUAGUCAAUUUAUAAUAAAUUUCUAUAAUCAUGGUUAAAUAUUCAUAGAUUAAUAUACUCUUGAGCUAAUAUAAAUUCAGGAUAAUAAAAUGUAUGAAUAAGAAACAA